AUGAUCAAAGAUAGUCUCAAGAUAUGUACGGUUUGCGCAUCAAACAACAAUAGAUCAAUGGAGUCACAUAAACAGUUGGCGGAUGCGGGUUAUGAUGUUCAUUCAUUUGGUACAGGUUCUGCGGUGAGAUUACCUGGUCCAAGCAUUGACAAACCUAACGUUUACAGCUUUGGUACACCAUAUGAAAAAAUAUACCAAGAUCUACUAAAUCAAAACGCAAGAAAAUCAUAUGAGCAGAACGGAGUUUUACACAUGUUGGAGAGGAACAAAAGUGUAAAGACAGCUCCCGAAAAGUGGCAAGAAAAUGCUUAUGCUGGUAAAUUUGACUUGGUUAUAACGUGUGAAGAGAGAUGUUUUGAUAGUGUGGUUGAGGAUCUAAUGUUGAGAAUGUACAACUCCAACUCACAACUGGACUUGAAAUCGAUUGUACAUGUGAUAAAUGUUGAAAUCAAGGAUGAUAAUGAAAAUGCAAUAAUUGGCGGUAAAGGUAUUUUGAAAUUGGUUAAUAUGAUACAUGAAUACAAGAGAAAACAAGAGGAAGUAAAGGGAGAUAUUGAAGAUGAACUGGAUGUGAUAUUGGAAGAUCAAAUGAUGAAUAUUUUAACUGAAUGGCAAAGAGAUCAUGCGCAUUUGCAAACAUUGUAUAGUGUGUCGUAUUAUUAA